AUGUUUGACGUUAGUAAGCCUUUAGCAGUACAAGAAUUUUUGAUUGAAAAGUUUUAUCAUGAAAUCUGUUAUAGAAAGGCUUCUAGACGUGUCGCGUGGUCUCCUCAAAAUUUGAUAGCGUGGUCACCUAUUAAUAACGAUGCAUUUGAUUCUCGGUAUCCAAGUUCAACUCCAAAUAUUGGCAUUUUUAAUCCAUGUAGGCUUCCCUCAAGCGACGGCACUGCGGGAUCAACUUGGGCUUUCACAAAGAAAAGUAAUUUAUUUCCUAUUAGUACUGAAAAUCAUCACCAUCAGGGCGAUGAAAUCACUGAUCUAGUAUGGAAUCAAACUGGCUCUGCACUGGCUUCAAUUGAUCAAAGAGGUAAAAUUGCUUUAUGGGCGAUGGACAAUUUUGUGAAUGAAUGGAAAUGUAUAUAUAGUGUUGAUCUUGGUGGAAGUAUUGUCGAAUUCGCAUGGCUAGAUUAUGUACGAGUG